AUGGCUGAAUCUCAACGCGCUCUAUUCUUCGACGAGUACGAAGGACCGCUAGAAGUGCGGAAUAUUCCGAUUCCUGAAGCCAAUGAUGACGAACUGUUGGUCCAGCUCAAGUAUUCUGGAAUCUGCCACACGGAUCUUCAUGUUUGGCUCGGCGACAUGGAAUCAAUGACCACGGCUCCGUUGGUGGGAGGGCAUGAAGGAGCUGGAGAAGUUAUUGGAGUUGGAGCCAAGGUCAAGGACUGGAAAGUUGGCGAUAAGGCUGGUAUCAAGGUCAGAGUUGGAUUUUCUGCUGUUUUUAUCUUUUUGGAAUCAUGGAAUGAUAUUUUGAACUUGAAUUUAAUGACAAAUUGAUGGACUUUUUUGCUUGGAAAAUCAUCCCUUUUUCACCAUUUUGACUUUCUUAUAUUAGAAAAUGGUCUCUUGUUUUUUUAUCGGCACCACAAAAAAAUUAUUUAGAGUUUUUAUCAACAUCGUUCUUCUGUUAACAAUGUUUUUCAUGCAUGAGGAAGAUCCUACACGCGGCGUUAUUUUGACGACGCCCCGCCUUUUUUUCCGUGAAGUGUAGUGUAUAGUGUGCAUGCACUGCGGCGCUCUCGCACACGCCGCGUUCAAAUUUAAUUUUUGCGAAAUUCAAAAUCAUCUCUGAAUUUUCAAAAUUCAGUUUUCACUUUCUGGCGGCUAUUUUGGAUUCAGCGGAAUCAAUUCAAACACGUCAGCAGAAAAAUUGUUUUUUUUUUUAAUGAUUCGUCUCAGGACAUAUUGAACAUGCGCCUUUAAUAUUCCUUUUUUUACGCUUGUUUCUAACUUAAGUUUGAGAAUAAACACACGAAAGAAACAAAAAAAAAAAAAGUCUGUUUUGAGAAAAAAAAAAUUUUUUUUCAGUUGUUCAACAACAACUGUUUGUUCUGUGAAUACUGCAAAAAUGGGCACGAGACGAGUUGCGAGGCGAAAAAAGGCUACGGGUUCAAGUACCCGGGAACUUUCGAAGAGUUUGUCGUUGUCCGAGCAGUUGAUGCCGCGAAAAUCCCAAAAGAUACUGAUUUGGCCCAAGCUGCUCCGAUCAUGUGUGCGGUGAGUUGAAAUUAUACUUUUUUUUUUUUUUUGAGACUUUUUAAAGUUUAAAGCUCAUAUUUUAGCUUUAAAAAAAGCUACAUCUAGAAGAUUGGGACUUUGAUUAUAUAGAGAAAGUCCGAAUAAACAUAUUAAGAAAGGAUUUUGUCUUUUUCUUGAAUAUUUUGAAAACAAAUUAGAAGAUUUUCCAUACGGAACACUUUCCGAAAAAGCAUGAUAAAAAAACUUUUUUUCUCGGUUAUUUCAAUUUAAAGUAAAGAAAAAUUAAACCUUUCCAAAUUCCGCUGACAAAAAUUUCAAAAGAAAUUAAUUUUUUUGAGAAUUUCAUCUGCUUAAAAAAAGAAACUUAUCAAUUUUAUCAUUUUUUUAUCAGCAGCUUGCAAGAGAGACCAGAAACUAAAGGUUUUUCUUCUAAAAGUCCAAAACAAACUUUAAAGCGUUUGGAAAAAAGUCAGUAAGCUUUUUCUGAACAAAAAAACUAAAGAAAAAAACUGAAAUAAAGUUUUUUUCAGGGAGUGACUGUGUACAGAGCUCUGAAAGAGUCUUCGGUGGAGCAGGGCCAAAUCGUAGUUCUGACUGGAGCUGGAGGAGGUCUCGGCUCCCUGGGAAUCCAGUACGCCAAGGCGAUGGGCAUGAGAGUCCUGGCCAUUGAUAGCACAGAUAAGAAAAAACUGUGUGAGGAACUGGGAGCCGAAUGGUUCGUCGAUGGCUUUGAAGAGGAGAAAGUGGUCGAGAAGGUCAAGGAGGUGGAGUUUUUCAUAAAGUAAUAAUCAAAUGAAGUCUGUAUGAAUGUGAAAAAGCUUUUUUUCAAGUCCAAUGGUCUUGAUGGUUUCUUAAAAAGUGGUUUUUCUCCAGUUUUCUUCAAUGUGUUCUGCAUAUUUGAGAUGAAAGUGGCAUUUUAUAGCUUUUCCUUACUUUUCUAGCAAUCUAAAUAGUAUUGAAAAAUUUUAAAGUCUGAAAAAAAAUUUAAAAAUUACGCGAGCUUUAGUGACUCAAGGGUCAGACCUUUAACCCCUAUAGGGGCCACUUAAAUCUUACACCUAUAGGAGGAAGUUUUUUGGCCCCUAGAGGGGUCGUUUUUCCCAUAACCCCUACACCCCUAUGUGAAGUGGACUUAGAAAAUUAAAAGGACGACUUCAGCUAACCGGUGGAGGCGCCCACGGCGUCGUCAACCUCGCAGUCGCCAUGAAACCAAUGGAACAGUCCAUGGAAUACGUCAAGGCGAACGGAACUGUCGUUCUUGUUGGUCUUCCCAAGGAUGCCAAGGUUUCUGGGUUCGAAAAAAUAUCAAAAUCUUUUUUUUGAUAAGCAAACCUCGUUUCUAGAGGUAUAUAUGAAGUUGUGAUGGUAUAUAGUAGGUCCGGAUUUUGAACGUCAAGUGCAAGGACGUUAUUAGAAAACGCUCUGUGGAUGGCUAGCUCUCUGAUUGGUUCAUCGCGCCAUUAGGGGCGGAGCUUGAAUGACUACUAAAAUUUCAAAAUCUGACAGAUUUGAAGUGCUCAGAAAAAACAUUUUUUUAUUUUUUCAAUUUUUCCUGUUGUUAACAUGAAGUUCCUUACAUGAGGCUCACUCCAGAAUGCUCUAAUGAAGUGUGUAUUUGUCCGGAUUAUCAGAAAAUGAAAUCUUAACUAGAUUUUUUUAAAAGUUUUCCACUUCAGAUGACCUUCGACGCCACCCAAUUCGUCUUCAAAGCUCUGACCCUAAAAGGAAGUUUGACUGGAAAUCGUGCCGAUGUCGACUCCGCGAUGGACUUCCUGGCUCGAGGAGCAAUCAAAGUGCCGCUGGAAAAGGUGAGACUCGAAGACGUUGGCGACGUCUACAAGAGAAUGAAAGAUGGGAAGGUGAAUAGCCGGUGUGUCAUCGACUUUUCCCUGUAA